AUGGAACCGACACCCUGGAAAAACUUUGAAACUAUCCAGCUUCAUGCCGGGUACAAGCCUGAUCCCGUUACGAGAUCUACUGCCGUCCCCAUCUAUGCCACGUCUAGCUUCACUUUCAAUGACUCUGCCCAGGGAGCCCGACUCUUUGGCCUCCAGGAACCGGGCAACAUCUACACCCGUUUGAUGAAUCCUACCAAUGACGUCUUUGAGAAACGCAUUGCUGCUCUCGAGGGUGGAAUUGCUGCGCUUGCGACCGCGUCUGGUCAGGCCGCCCAGUAUCUGACAUUGACUAGCCUGACCAGACCUGGUGACAAUAUCGUUGCUAGCUCGCAUUUGUACGGCGGCACAUACAAUCAGCUCAACGUGCUUCUUCCCCGCUUCAACGUGACAACAAAGUUUGUCGGAAGUGUUGACCCUGCCGAGUUUGCCGCGGCCAUUGAUGAUAAUACCAAAGCCAUCUACAUCGAAAGUAUUAGCAAUCCAGACAAUGUUGUUCCCGACUUUGAGGCCCUCGCUAAGGUUGCUCACGACAAUGGUAUCCCCUUGAUUGUCGAUAACACCCUUGGUGCCGGUGGCUACUUUGUCCGCCCCAUCGAGCACGGUGCGGACAUCGUCGUCCACUCAGCCACCAAAUGGAUCGGUGGACACGGAACCACUAUUGCCGGUGUGAUUGUCGACUCCGGAAGAUUCGACUGGGGCAAGAAUGCGGCCAAAUUCCCGGAAUUUGUCGAGCCAUCACCAGCAUACCACGGCCUUCGAUACUGGCCUACAUUCGGUCCAGCUUCGUUCAUUAUGCGCGCCCGUGUGGAAAUGCUCCGCGAUGUCGGCCCCUGCUUGAGCCCCUUUGCCGCGCAACAACUAAUAAUUGGUGUUGAGACUUUGGGCCUGCGAGCUGAGCGACAUGCAGAGAACACUGCAAAGCUGGCCGCGUAUUUCGCAGCCUCCCCACAGCACGUUAGCUGGACCCUCUGGCCCGGCUCGGAGAAGCACCCAAGCCACGCUGCGGCUAAGAAAUAUCUGAAGCGCGGCUUUGGUGGUAUGCUGAGCAUUGGAGUCAAGGGGGGUGCUGAGGCAGGAAGCAAGGUUGUUGACACCCUGCAGCUUGUGUCGAAUCUGGCCAAUGUGGGUGACGUUAAGAGUCUGGCUAUUCACCCUUGGUCGACGACACAUGAGCAGCUUUCCGCUGAGGAGAAGACAGCCUCCGGUGUCACGGAAGACAUGAUUCGUAUCUCUGUGGGCAUUGAGCACAUCGAUGAUAUCAUUGCCGAUUUUGAGCAGGCAUUCAAGAAGGUUUACGAACAGUAA